AUGAGCAUCUCUCGUUGGAAGGAGGAGUUAGGGAGAAUUGCCUCAUUUCAUCAUGUUUUUAAUAUCAUUCUUUGCCUCUCUUUCUACUUUACCAAAACGGUGCCGCCAAUAUGCCGUCUUUUGUACGGCUCGGAUGUGAAAUGCGGGAUAAACGAGCGCGAAUAUCAGGUUCUUCUACUGUUGGCCGUGAUCAUAUACAGUAAGAACCGGCGGGCAACGUCAUGGGUUCAUUACCUGUCGAAUGUGUUUCUGUUCACCAAAGUGGCCAACAUGGUGCUCUUCUAUUGGUGCGGAGCUCAGUAUUGCAUUUUAUACGGCAUUUGCAUUCUCGUUGUCUGGGUUCUUUUUCCCGAACCGGCUUACACAGGCCCAGAAACGAUAUCCUAUCUUCCUGGUCCUGUUCUGAAGGAAGAAAUCGAAAAUAAUAAAGAUGUCAUUUGGCUGGUCGAAUUUUACUCAACCUGGUCGUCCAUGUGUCAUCACUUUGUACCUGUUUUCGCCGAGCUGAGUAAUCAGUAUUCUCUGAAAAAUCUCAGAUUCGCUAAGCUAGAUGUCUGUCGGUACAAAAAUGAAGCCAUUUUCUUCGGUGUUAAUUGCCAGUCUGACUCAAGACAGCUGCCCACUUUGAUUCUUUUCCAGGACGGCAAGGAGAAACUGAGAAGGCCCGUAGCUGGCGGCAGCGGUCGCAGUUUCACAUAUGUUUUCACGAAGGCGUACGAGGGAUGA